AUGUCCCUUCCCGGAGAGAAUCUGCACAUGCAGAUGUCCAGCGCAGCGGUGCAGAGUGCGGCAGACCGUGCGGAGGAUCUCGAGGAGCUGAUGGAGCACUGGGCCCGCCGCGAGGUGACGCUUUUCAAGCCCACGGGCUACGACACCUCGGAGACGGGGAGGCUGCGCAGCGGCCUGAAGCUUCGCCCGCAGCUGGUCCACGCCGUACAGUACCUACGGCACCUGGUCUCCCAGCACGACUGCGCUAGCGGCCUGCCGGCGGCGCUGACCCUGCUCGACGCGCUGCAGUGCGCGAGGGCCGCGGCGGACGCGAGCUGCCCGCUCGCGGCACAGUUGCUG